AUGGAGCUGGCACAGUUCAGAAUGCAGAAGGAAGCCAACAAGCAUCGCCGUAAUGUUGAGCUCAAGGUAGGAGACUGGGUCUAUCUGAAACUCAGGCCGUACCGUCAAAGCUCUCUAGUGCAAAGGAGGAAUGAGAAGUUAGCACAGAGGUAUUUCGGUCUGUAUCAGAUUGUGGAGAAGAUUGGCAGGGUCGCAUAUAAAUUGGAACUGCCUGCUCACAGUAACGUGCAUCCGGUCUUUCACGUAUCCCAGCUGAAGUUGACGGUGCCUAGUUCGUGCACUCCGCAAGCUCUACCACCCAUCCUCAACCACAACUUGGAAUGGGCAACAGAACCAGAAGCGUUAUUAGAUGUUCGCAGAGCUACAAAUGGUUCGAAUGCUGAGGUCUUAGUCCAAUGGAAAGGGUUACCAGCUCUGGAAUCAACAUGGGAGACGCUCACUAAUCUCAUGCAACAAUUUCCGGACUUUGACCUUGAGGACAAGGUCGCUUUGCUGCGGGGGAGUAUUGAUAGGCUGAGGAUACCAAUUGCAUUCAUGAAGAAGAAGUUGAGAACAAAAGGGAGAAGAGCAAGACAAUGGGAGAAGAAGAUGGAGGUGAAUGGUGGCUAA